CACACCGCCACGGCGGUGAUCCAAACAACGUGGCUCACGCCAAACUAAUGGCUGGACGGAACCUUGCAUCCUCCGAGCAACAUCCAGUGUGACGUACAGGAAUGCCCCUUGUUCUCAAAGGAACGAAUUCUACGAUCUACACUGAUCGCACUCUUCUAGUGUUUCGGAGAGAGUUAUGUGUUUGGAUUGCCUUACUCAACAUUCGAUCUCUAGUUUGACUCUGGGGGUCGAGUCUUCUGUUCGUUCCGACUGCGAACGGGCUUCGUACAGGCUUCGUACGGGCUUUGUGCCACCGGCCUUCGGCUCAAGGGAUCGUGUCUUCUGUGCAGGUCUUCUUUCUCUCAACACCCACCGGUACUCGGCAUCUCAAUAGCCGGUCUUGCAAAUUGGUGGCAGAAAGACAGUCUCAAGGCUCGAGAUGCUUGGUCGACAGGAAGAUUGCGGUUUCCAAGGUCACACAAUUGUCUAAAACAUGACGCAAGAGCGUCAGGCACCGCUGGCCAUGCCACUUCUCUCGAUGGAUGAUCACCUCAACACAGCCAUAGGCGAAAGUGUCAAUUCCGUUUGCGGUGCCGGCGGCUACUCGAAAAGUUUGUGUGUCCGCCCUUGUUUUUUCCGCCACAUGGGGUCGCAGGAGUCGGGCCUGACACCGCCAUAGCUCCUCUCUUACGCGUUUUUCUGCAGUUUCGCAGCUCGGGGGCGCCAGAGACCGACACAGUGUGUAUGCAACUGUGUCUCAUCCGCGGCGCACUGGGUUGGUACAAGUACUCGCAGGUGCGCCAUGUUCCACCCAGAAUUCCCAGCACACUCUCACUGCAAUGGUUUGGAAAAACGUAGACGCGAUCAUCCAGGACAAGCUCUACUUGGGAAACCUUGUAGCAGCUCGAUCAACGAGAUCACUGGCCGAACGCCGGGUCUCUCAUGUUCUCUCUGUCUGCACGGACCCUAUCCCUGCCGAACUGCCGCAAUCGGGGGUUCAGCACAUGCGCAUUCCGGUCGAAGAUGUGGACUAUGCGGACCUCCUGAUAUACCUGCCCUCUGCGUGCCAAUUCAUUGAUCAGGCCAUUCGCUCCGGUGGUGUCGUUCUAGUCCACGAUGUCCAGGGCGUCACUCGAAGCGCUGCAGUCGUCGCUGCCUAUCUGAUGUGGGCAUAUCAGUACAGCCCCACCAAGGCGCUUGAGUUCGUGCGAAGGGCACGCGACCAGAUCUGGGUCAAUCCUGGCUUCCAGGAGCAGCUUGUCCUCUUUGAAUUGUGCCAUUAUGCGCCGUCGCCUUCAAAUGGGAUAUAUCAGAGCUGGAGAUUCAAGCUCGAUCGUCAUUUGCGCGCCAAUGGCCUGCUUCCCUGAAGUCUCCGAAGCCCAAAAAGCUCACUGAGCAUAGAUGUUUGUUUCUUGUAUUCCAUAUCCGCAUUCGCAUUUCUUCAAUUAUGUACUUCCAUAUCUGUAAUUAUCUUGCUGCUGAGCAAGUUACAACACCCA